AGGUACUUUCUUUUGUAAACUUAUCUUACGUCGCUUUCCGUUUUCCCCUUCACCAUGUCCAUCUUCGAAAAGAUGCUGAGUGGGAAGUCGUUCUCGAUAAGCCCGGCAAACUUUGCGCCUGCUCAGGAGGUGGUGGAUCGCUGCUUCCGUCUGCUUCACGGCGUGAACAGCUCUACCAGUCUCGCCAUGGCACGGGAACGCUUCGCGGAGCUGAUUCAGAAACCAAUCGACAAAUCGGUAACUAUCUUCCCUCCAAUCCAAACCAACUUCGGUAAACACAUUUUUCUGGGGAAGAACAUCGUCAUCAAUCACGGGUGCUCGUUCCUUGAUAUGGGAGGCAUUUACAUCGAAGACAACGUUCUCAUCGCACCAAAGGUGAACCUCCUCACCGAGGGACACCCUCUAGACCCCUCGAUCCGCAGCAGCACGCUGAUUCCUGGCAAGAUCGUCGUGAAGGAAGGUGCGUGGAUUGGCGCCGCGUCGACGGUGUUGCCUGGUGUGACUGUUGGACGCAACUCAAUCGUGGCCGCUGGGUCUGUGGUAACGAAGAACGUGGAUGACAACACGAUUGUUGCCGGCGCUCCAGCCAGAGUGAUUAAGCGCAUUCCAGAAAAACCGUCCAAACUGUAA